AUUCUUAUUCACAAACAUUUUGAAGAGAGAUGCUAAAAGGUUUCAACUUUUAAGCAUAUAAAAUCCACUUCUUUUUAGGCAAAGUGCAGCUUUGUGUGUGUCUAUCCAACGAAAGCAAGAAGAUGGGUAAAGGAGGGAAAUCUCACGAAGAAACCAAAAGUGGAGAAGAUGAAAACAUGGCUGCUUGGCUUGUGGGUCUCAACACCCUCAAGAUUCAACCAUUCAAGCUCCCUCCACUGGGACCCCAUGAUGCCAGAGUUAGGAUGAAGGCUGUUGGUAUCUGUGGAAGUGAUGUUCACUACCUAAAGACAAUGAGGUGUGCUGAUUUUGUGGUGAAAGAACCAAUGGUGAUUGGGCAUGAGUGUGCUGGAAUCAUAGAGGAGGUUGGGAGUGAAGUCAAGAAUUUAGUGCCAGGAGACCGUGUGGCUUUGGAACCGGGGAUCAGUUGCUGGCGAUGUGAUCUUUGCAAAGAUGGUCGAUACAAUCUAUGCCCUGAAAUGAAGUUUUUUGCCACUCCACCAGUUCAUGGUUCUCUUGCCCAUCAGGUUGUGCAUCCUGCAGAUUUGUGUUUCAAACUGCCAGACAAUGUGAGCUUGGAAGAAGGGGCCAUGUGCGAGCCCUUGAGUGUGGGGGUUCAUGCUUGUCGCCGAGCUAAUAUCGGCCCUGAGACAAACGUGUUGGUUAUGGGGGCAGGACCUAUAGGUCUUGUUACAAUGAUGGCAGCUCGUGCUUUUGGGGCACCUAGGAUCGUCAUUGUAGAUGUAGAUGAUAAUCGCCUAUCUGUUGCUAAGAAUCUUGGUGCUGAUGGGAUUGUUAAAGUUUCAACUAAUAUGCAGGACGUAGCUGAAGAAGUUGAAAGAAUAUGUAAAGCAAUGGGAGGAGGAGUGGAUGUAAGCUUCGACUGUGCAGGCUUUAACAAAACAAUGUCAACUGCUCUGAGUGCCACUUGUGCUGGUGGCAGGGUCUGCCUUGUGGGAAUGGGCCAUCAUGAGAUGACUGUCCCGCUUACUCCAGCUGCUGCAAGGGAGGUAGAUGUGAUCGGAAUAUUCCGGUAUCGGAAUACAUGGCCUUUGUGCAUCGAGUUUCUAAGAAGUGGGAAGAUUGAUGUGAAGCCUCUGAUAACCCACAGGUUUGGGUUUUCUCAGAAAGAAGUGGAAGAAGCUUUUGAAACCAGUGCUGGUGGCGGCAGUGCCAUUAAGGUCAUGUUUAAUCUGUGAUUUCCAACAGCAUAAAAAGAAUAAGCGUUUAUCAGCAUCUAAGAUUGCAUGUUGUAAUAAAAUAAUAUCAGUGGAUAGUAUGUACACAAUGGACUUUGUUUUAAAUCACUUGGAGGUAUUUGAUGCUCUUGCAAUCCUUUUAUGCGAGA